CACAGCCCCGCAUACAUCUUGGCCCUGAUGCACAGGCCACCACUGUUGACCAUCAAGGCCAUCCUUCAACCCAGGAACUGUUAUCACCAAUCCAAGGUUGGACAUCAGACUCACAACUAUCAACAAUACCACCACCACCCCCAUCAUCAACAACAACAGCAACACACGCGAAGGAUGGAAGAAACUCAGACCAAACCCAAGAGAGCUCUCGAUUCCCCUCCAACUAAGCUGAUCAACACUACUGAAAACCAAUCAUCAAAACGGCCUUGUCACCAGGAUGAACGAAUUAUCGAUAGCACACAAAAUACCGACUCAACACCCUCAGUGGUCACACAGGAAACCCCGAACGCAGUGGUCGAUCCAGAGAAGCAGUCGAAAAAUAACGGACAACCCAACCAACAGAAACCGAAGAACCAAGCCAAGAAACCACCCAAACUUAAGAAGGGAAAGAAAAACAACAAAGCGGAUCAAAACCCAUUGACGAUAUCGGAACAGUCUCUAGAAUUAUCGAUUAAAGACUUGAUGGGUGCUGAGACUUAUGAAACUUUACUCGUCAAACAAAAGAGCAAUGACAAGGACGCUCAACCACCAUGGAAAGAAAGUGGCUGGGAUUUGGAAAAGGGGAAAGAGAUAGAGGUGGAGAUCUCAGCCUUAAGCAGCUUCGGAGAUGGAAUCGCUAUUUCGCCCCAGAAGAACUGGGCUCUCAUCAUUCCAUUCUGUGUCCCAGGUGAUGUAGUAAGAUCAAGAAUUUUCAGACACAAUUCCACUCACUCGAUUGGUGAUUUGAUUAGUGUUCUCAAACCCGGAGAAUUGAGAAAUGAUUCCUUGGUCAGAUGUAAAUAUUUUGGAAAGUGCUCUGGUUGUCAAUAUCAAAUGAUCGAUUAUCAGAAACAGCUUGACCUCAAACGGGUCGCCGUCCAAAAAGCCUUCGAGCACUUUUCCGGUCUCGAUCAAUCUGCAAUCCCCACGGUAGAACUAACCCUGCAAUCGCCCAAAGAAUACGAAUAUCGGACAAAACUAACACCUCAUUUCGAAUUACCAAGACAAUGGAAGAACAAAAAGGCCACCCAGGUACCAAACCAAGAGUCCGGUCAGGAUUACCAUAGCGGUCCGGGAGGACUUGCCAUUGGAUUGGCUGAGAAGGGCCGUCGACGGGUGAUCGACAUCGAGGAAUGCCCCUUAGGAACCAAGACAAUCAACGAAAAAUUAACCGCCGAACGAACCCGAGUACAGUCUACAAUUCAGACCUACAAGAGGGGGGCGACCUUGCUUUUGCGAGAAUCAUUGAUUCCGUUAGAUCCGACAUCGUCCUCAGACUCACCGGUCGAUGACGAGAGUCGAAUCUGUGUGACCGAUCACAAAACGAUCGUCCGAGAAAAGGUUCUUGACAAGAAUUUCGAGCAAAACGCAGGCUCGUUCUUCCAAAACAAUCCAUCGAUCCUAGGGCCCUUCAUGAGUUAUAUGAUCGAGGAAUUAAUCCCGACCAAAACUCCUCGAGGAAUCGACGAGGAUCCUGAGCAGCAUGAAUAUCUGGUCGAUGCGUAUUGUGGCUCGGGCUUGUUUUCGAUCUCCUUGGCUCAGUUCUUCACUAAGACCACCGGCAUCGAACUGUCCUCCGACUCCUUACGUUAUGCCAAGCGCAACGCCGAUCUAAACAAGAUCACGAAUGCUAGUUUUAUCGCCGGAGAGGCCGAGGCGAUCUUCAAAGAUCUAAGUUUCCCAGCAGAGAAGACUACGAUCAUCAUCGAUCCCCCACGAAAGGGCUGUAGCCAAGAGUUCUUGGACCAGCUUUUGAGCUUCAAACCGAAGCGGAUUAUCUACAUCAGCUGCAAUGUCAACAGUCAAGCCCAAGAUAUCAAGUACAUCAAACAUCUCUAUAAGCUCCAGCGGCUCAGAGGGCUUGAUUUCUUUCCUCAGACUUAUCAUUGUGAAUCGGUCGCGCUCUUGCAUUUGAUUGAAUAGUAAAUCUGCAUUUUCUAUUAUUAUCUCUCAUAUUCCAAGGAUGCUUUGUACAUCAUCCAAAUAAUUUAGAUAUUCUCAUGAACCAGUGAGUAACCAUUCCUUUUUUAUCCAGAAAAGGUUUCACUCGAUUCCAAUGUUUAUAAUGACAGUCUGAGUGCCAGAGCGGGUUUCCCUCAUAGUGCCUCUUAUCCUCCUCUUUCAAGGGAUUUGGAGUGGUUAUAGAAUGAUAUGUAUAAAUUUACUGUUGGAGUCAAUCAUGAUCCGUGCCCCCCCCUGUAAAAUUUGAUACAUACAUUCUGA